UAUAUUGGCCGAGGUCAAGUGGUGGCAGUGGAAUUCAACUUCUCACCGUUCGAGGAACGUUGUUGAAGCCUUAAAGUUUGGAUUUUGAGCUGUUCACUCGUGUGCAUAUUGACCUUUGACCAUAUAAUAAUGAAAAAAAAUGCAGUGUGUUCACGGAUUAAUUGAUCAAACCUCCUCUUUUUGCUCUUUCAUUCCAUACCAUACCAUUCCCACUGGUUUUCUGCGUUCUAGAAGCUCUUAUACAACUAUUUUACUUUGAUUCUUGAGAUGGGUUUUGAGCAUUUAUGGCCAUUGAACGAGAGAAUGAAACCAGAAGCGUGUGUUUGUUGUUGCAGUAAAAUCAACUACUGGUAAUAUUCUGUUUUCAGAUCAUUUUCAUGAGCUCUUUUAAUGGAAGCUACAAGCUCUAAAGAUAGUUCAGUUGCUUCAAGUCCUUUCCCUUCACCUAACAUUGGAGCCCUGCUAAAGAUUAAAAUCAUUUCAUGGAGUCAAGAGACUGGUUUGCCUGUUACAGUUCGUGUUCGAGUUGGUGACAGGACAUUCAACCUUCACAAGAAUCCCCUCUCUUUGAAGAGUGGAUAUUUCAGAAAAAGAUUGAUUGAAACAACUGAGCUUGAACUGCCACAAGAAUUCCCUGGAGGGCCAAAAACCUUCGAAAUGAUUGCUUUAUUCCUAUAUGGUUCUUCCACACUGAUCGAUCCUUUCAAUGUAGCAGCCCUGCGAUGUGCAGCAGAGUUUCUUGAAAUGACAGAAGAGUAUUAUUGUGGCAAUCUCUGCGAGCGCUUCGAUCUCUAUUUGAACCAAGUUGUGUUGCAAAGUUGGGAUGAUACCUUGAUUGUUCUCCAAAGAUGUCAAACUCUGCUUCCCUUGUCUGAAGAGCUGCUAAUAGUUGGCCGUUGCAUUGAGUCUUUAGCCUUCAUGGCUUGCAUGGAGAUUCUUGACCCAGAGAGGAGAAGGGACAAACCAAUUGUUACAUUAGAGGCAUUGGCUGACCAAGCUUGGAGUUGUGAAACAGCCAAGGAGAUGGUGAUCCAUGAUCUUUGGAUAAAAGAUCUCAUUGCACUACCAUUUGGAUUCUUCAGAAGGAUAAUAGGAUCCUUGAGGAGGCAAGGAAUGAAAGAAAAAUAUGUGAGCCCAAUCAUUGUUUUCUAUGCAAACAAAUGGGUACUCUCUAAGAAGAUAAGACAGUUCUGGGAGAAUUCAGGCAAUAGAAUUGAGGAUAUUGAUGUUAGAAAUAGAGUUUCAGUAAUUCUUCAAGGUAUUCUGGAUUUGCUGCCUGUGAGAGAAAAGGCAAGGAGAGUGAUUCCUGUAGGAUUUUACUUUGCAUUGCUUUCUAGGUCUUUUGAAGUUGGCUUGAGAAGUGAAAGCAAGGCAAAGUUGCAAGAUCAAAUCGCAUCUCAGUUACAUUUGGCCCAGGUGGAAGAUUUUCUCCUUCCAAAGAUUGGACUCGACUCAAUUUCUUCUAGCAUGGAGUUGGCUACUAUGGAGAGCAUAUUCUCCACAUAUUUGUCAUUUAACAUGGGUGCAAACCAUACUCUUUCAUCUAGCAACUCAAUUGUUGCUGAAUUAUGGGAUACAUAUCUCUCUCGUAUUGCUUUUGAUCCAAAAAUGGAACCUAGAAAAUUCAUGGAACUCAUUGAAACGGUACCGAUAUCUUUUAGACAGAGCCACGAUCAAUUGUACAAAGCAAUGAAUGCCUUCUUGCAGGAACACCCAGAUGUAUCACAAGAAGAAAAGGGAGCAGUCUGCAAAUACCUCAACUGCCAGAAGCUGUCACAAGAGGCAUGUAUUGAAGCAGUUCAAAAUGAGUUGAUGCCUUUACGUUUGAUUGUCCAGGCUCUAUUUGUUCAACAACUGAAUACACACCAAGCUUUCAAAGAAUGCUCAGACUCAUUUAGGUAUGCACAAUGUGGUGACUUCUCUGGAAGCCUUUCAAGCUCAAAAUGUCCCAACUCCAAAAGCCAAAAUCUAGCUGAGAGUCCAUAUAGUGAUGGAGCAGAGCCAAUCAGUAGAACAUUGAGUUUCUUACUACAAAAUGAUGUUGCAACUCAAAGAUAUGAGUUAUCUAAAAAGGAAUACGAGUCUACAAGCUUCAGAAUUCAGAACCUUGAACAAGAGCUCUUGUCCUUGAAGAAGAGCCUUCAAUUGCAGAGUAAUUCAAAGACAUUGCCAACCAAACCACAACGUAUGAAACCAUAUGGCAUGGAAAGUAGAUCACUAAGCAAGAAGAGGAACCCACUUGGACAAGUUACCAGUUGUAUCAAUUCUAUGAAUUUUGCUUCACAAAGAAGGUAUGCUAAUAGGUUACUGAAGGUCUUCCGUCGGAUUACCUUGUUUGGAAAUAGAAAAUUGAAGAGAAAGUCAAGCACCUCUGGCCAAUUAGCCAAAUCAAUGUAACAUAAUAAUCAUGAGCAUAAGAUGUUUGAUAAUCAAGAAAAAUUUCUGAAAA